CCGCAAGUUUGAUUCUUCAUGGGAUCUGUAAUGCGAAUGGACAAGUCAUUCAGCAUGGCUUAACUUUAACCCUCGUCUAACGGGGGAAUUUUCCUAUCGGUAGAUCAUAUUUCAUGCACAAGUACAUAGCCAUAUUACUGCGAAAAGUAGAUGAUUAAUGAUAACGAAUGUAGGUAGGCCAGCUAGAUAAUGCAUAGAUAGAUGUUGGUAUCCCCCAACUGGCGUAUCCCGGAUACGACCCCCAUUUUUCUCAAUCAAAUCCUCCUCUAUUACCAUAGUUUAACAAGAUAAAACUCUCCACCCAGUCGAUCGUCGCACGUUUCUCGUCUCAUCGUGACUGGGGAUUCUGCGACGCAACACAACGCAACGCUAUGCAGAAUAGGCUGACUGAACACGCGCACACACACAGCAUUAUAAAGAAAACGGUGACGAGAGCGCAGCCCCACAGCGUUGACAAUAACAAAAGCAUAUAUCUAGCAAGAGAUUUGGCGAACCGGCCAGGCCAAAAUCGAAUCGAACUGAGCAUGCAUCAAACAGGAAUGAAAAUCGAACGACGGUUGAGGCAGACGUCCCGCGACUGCUGCCUCUUGCUAUCCCAGAGUGGAUGGGUUUAACCCUUGAUGCUGGAGUAUCCUGAAUCCGGCAGGGUUGGGUCUCGAGCGUUGUUUCCGUUGCAUCUCAAUGAGUGUCGGGAACAGGUGUAGCCGACCAGGACGAUUUUUUCCUGCACCACAUGGCCACGCUGGCCGUAUGCUUCACACGGGUCUACCGCGUGCUGAAAGUAAAGACAU